UCAGUGAAUAUAAGCUCGAGAAAUUAUUGGAAAAUAUCAUUAGAGAGUCAGAUAUCUGUCGCAAAACAUACUAUUGUCAGAAAACAGUUCCGUAUUAAAUAUAAUUAUUAAUAUUUGAAUGAAUAACUGUUAAGCAAGCUUGAACACAAAGUGAAUUGGAAAAUAAAUUUAAAAUAAUGUCAUUAUUUAAACGCAUUAAAAGGUCUUUGACUGGAACGAAACAAACGGGUGAUAACAAAUCCCGUGUGAUGAUCAGUAAAAAUAAUGAAAUAAUUACAACGUUUGAUCCUCAAAAAUCACCGCCUGAGAUUAGUGAGCGUGAGGUUGAAAUUCUUAAAGACUGCUGGAAAAUAGUUAAACAGGAUGUUGCAAAAGUUGGGAUUAUUACGUUUGUCGGUCUGUUCGAGACCCAUCCAGACGUGCACGAUGCUUUUAUGUCAUUUCGGGCAGUUAACACAUCCGACAAAGAAUACAACGCAAUUCUUCGUGCGCAUGCGCUACGAGUAAUGGGAACAGUGGACAAAUGUAUUUAUAGACUUGACAACAGGGAAAAGCUUCGAGAGCUCAUGACAGAAUUGGGAAUUCGUCACAAGAAUUAUUCCGUGAAAAUUGAAUUUAUUGAUUUGAUUGGUAUCCAGUUUAUCAGCUCAAUCAAGCCCCAUUUAGAAACAGUGUGGACAGGCCAACAUGAGAAAGCUUGGGAUCAUUUAUUCAUGCUCAUGUGCUACUAUAUGAGGAAGGGAAUGUGUAGUAUAUGAGGAACGUUUAAAUAUAUAAAGUAAAGAGUCUGUGGUACAAAUGUAUAUGAAGCAGUAUUAUGCAACUGUGGACAAUAUACAUGCCGGAUAUAUCGUUCGCAAUCAACAUGAUAAUGCAUCUGAUGGAAUACUGGGUUGUACAAAUGAGAUGUAUGACUUGUUCAUGUAUGAUUUGUUCACUAUUGAAAAAGCAUAUGAACUAAAAUUCAUAUCGUCUAUACAGACAAUUUUGGAUAAGAUAUUCGUUAAGUUCUAAAUUAUUUUGCAGAAAUAUUGAUAAUUUUUAAAAUAAAUCCACGUUUUUCUGGAUUAUUCCUCGUAAGUGAUAAUAUAAAUAUUCUACAAACUGUAGAUGUUGUUACCACACUGCAUACGUUGUACAAAUAACAAAGGCCUUUGCCAGUUGAAAAUGAUUAAAUACCUGGGUCAGUGUACAACAUAUGCAGAUUAUGGAUGUGGUUAUGUUAUGUUAUGUAUAAAAACGCAUAAACACUCAUUGUUUUGAUAAAGAUUUGUCUUCUUGGAAGUCGUCGGAGGAUUUUCAUUGUAGAGUGAUUUACCGAAACACUACGUAAACAAUGUAACAGUUACUGCACUCACAUACUGAGUAAUGGAAUAAUACAAGAGAGCAUUUGUUCUUGUGAUUUAUUUCAGUCACGAGGGAAGUGGGUGCAAUAACUCUUAAAUUCUUGUAACUAUUACUGUUCUAUACUACUUUGUCAAGGACAACGCACAAUAACUAGCGUUGAUAGUUGUAUCACGGUUAAAUUCCGCCUUCUUGUUACCGUCCCAAUAUGGGUGUAACGAUAUCAAUGAAAAAACGAAAACACUCUAAAACAUGGUGCAAAAGCUAUUAACUGCAUAGUAAUAAUUAUGUUAUUGUUUUGGCUUCUGCGCUUGUCAUUGGAGUUUAAAUUGUCUUUGACUGAAAAUGAAUAUGUGUACACAAUGAGCUCUUUUACUUUUCAUUUGAUUGUUGAGUCAUAUUAAAAAGAAGUAUUCAAUUUUGUUCUAAACCUGAAUCCCCCUAAAACAUUUUUAUACAUUGAUGGUCAAUUUACUUCCGUUUUGUAAUAACAAACAUACACAAACAUAUCCAUUUUUGAUCAGGUUUUAAACAUUAACUGUGCUGGUAGUUUACACUUACAAUGUAACAAUUAAACUGCAAUUAGAAAGACAGUUUACCAUACUAUUACUUUUGUAACACUGCUAACAGAACAUUACACGAAAAAGUAAUGUAUCGUUAUGUCUCGAACCUUGCAUAAAGUAGACUCCAUUCGUUCCUUGACGAGCUGUAAACUCAUUAUAUUCAUUUUCAGGUCUAAAAUACGAGUGCCUAUUAUUGUUUGUAAA